AUGGCGACAGCUAAGGUACUGAACAUUGGUAAAAAGCUCUAUGAAGGUAAAACAAAAGAAGUCUAUGAAUUGUUAGAUAGUCCAGGAAAAGUCCUCCUGCAGUCCAAGGACCAGAUUACUGCAGGAAAUGCAGCCAGAAAGAAUCACCUAGAAGGAAAAGCUGCAAUCUCAAAUAAAACUACGAGUUGUAUUUUUCAGUUGCUACAGGAAGCAGGUAUAAAAACUGCUUUCACCAGAAAAUGUGGGGAGACAGCAUUCAUUGCACCUAAAUGUGAAAUGAUUCCAAUUGAAUGGGUUUGUAGAAGAAUAGCAACUGGUUCUUUUCUCAAAAGAAAUCCUGGUGUCAAGGAAGGAUAUAAGUUUUACCCACCUAAAGUGGAGUUGUUUUUCAAGGAUGAUGCCAAUAAUGAUCCACAGAGGUCUGAGGAACAGCUCAUUGCUGCAAAAUUUUGCUUUGCUGGACUUGUUAUAGGCCAAACUGAAGUGGAUAUCAUGAGUCAUGCUACACAGGCUAUUUUUGAAAUACUGGAGAAAUCCUGGUUGCCCCAGAACUGUACACUGGUUGAUAUGAAGAUUGAGUUUGGUGUUGAUGUCACCUCCAAAGAAAUUGUUCUUGCUGAUGUUAUUGAUAAUGAUUCCUGGAGACUCUGGCCAUCAGGAGAUCGAAGCCAACAGAAAGACAAACAGUCAUAUCGUGACCUCAAGGAAGUAACUCCUGAAGGGCUCCAGAUGGUAAAGAAAAAUUUUGAGUGGGUUGCAGAAAGAGUAGAGUUGCUUCUGAAGCCAGAAAGUCAGUGCAGGGUUGUAGUAUUGAUGGGCUCAACCUCUGAUCUCGGUCACUGUGAAAAAAUCAAGAAGGCUUGUGGAAAUUUUGGCAUUCCAUGUGAACUUCGGGUUACAUCUGCUCAUAAAGGACCAGAUGAAACUCUGAGGAUUAAAGCUGAGUAUGAAGGGGAUGGCAUUCCUACUGUAUUUGUGGCAGUGGCAGGCAGAAGCAAUGGUUUAGGACCAGUGAUGUCUGGUAACACUGCAUACCCUGUUAUCAGCUGUCCUCCCCUAACUCCAGACUGGGGAGCUCAGGAUGUGUGGUCUUCUCUUCGACUACCCAGUGGUCUUGGCUGUUCAACCAUACUUUCUCCAGAAGGAUCAGCUCAGUUUGCUGCUCAGAUAUUUGGAUUAAACAACCAUUUGGUAUGGGCCAAACUACGAGCGAGUAUAUUAAACACAUGGAUUUCCUUGAAGCAGGCUGACAAGAAAAUAAGAGAGGGCAAUUUAUAAGAAAGAACAUCUGUAUUUUUUUUAGGAGAAAAGACUGUCUAGUUUAGCUGCAGGAAAAAAUAUCAAGCAAGAUGGAAAGAUUUUAAAUCAAUCAGAGGAAACAAAAUGUAUUAGUGAAUAAAUACGUCUCUAGAUUCAUGGAUUAGUAAAUAUAUGUACAUAUUUAAGGACAUUUUAAAAUUAAUCUCUUACCCACUAUAUAGUCAUUGUUAGGUAGGUAACAUAAUCAAAUAUGUUUC